AUGGAUCCAUAUCAACAGACUUCCGACUAUGCGCCGCCAACGGGACCGCCGCCUGGUGCACCACCACAGGGCAUCGUGCCUCCGUCCGGCCCUCCGCCUGGCUCCUUUCAAGGCCAGCCGAGUGUCCCGAUGGGAUACGGCCAGGCUCCCAUCCAAGGGGUCGCUGGAAGGGGUCGCACGCCGUCAUAUUCCUCAGCUAUAGUCGACGAAGCAAAUAGGAAAUGGGGAGCACCUCCAGUCCGGCGGAAGCCCAUUGGAGUACCCGUCCCACUGCCGCAGCAGCAGCAGCAGCAGCCACCGCCGCAGAUGGGAAUGCAGCCGACCCCAGUCACUCGCACGAGUACAAGCUCGUCACUGCGUGGGAUGAUGAACACUCUCAAGUCGAAAGCACAAGUCGAAGCUCGUGCUUUGGCAAAGACGGUGAAGCAGUACCAAAAUGAGCACAGCCAUGGAGCCCAGUCUCAGAAUUAUGGAGGCCAACACCAACAAGCUUAUGGAGCUGCACCUGAUAGGAGUCAAUACGCGAGCCCAGGCGGGCAGACCUACCAGUAUAACCCUGGUGCACAACCCUCAAACCCUCAGGCUCAAUUUCAAGCCCCUUUGCAGCAACCAACGGCACAGACUUACCAGGAUCAGUAUCCGGGUGCAGUACAGUCACCUAUCACUCAACCAACGGGCCCGUCAACCCCAGGAGGAUAUGCAUAUGGCGGGUCCUCCCAGCCGUUACAAUCGAAUCCGGCCACUCCGCAAAACCCUACAGGAGCGUAUUACUCCAACACCGUAGAUGUUCAAAGCCAGCCGUAUGCUGCAACACCUGCUAACCAAUACCAAUACAACCUCCCGGGAGCAUCUACUUUCCAGAGCCAAUACCCUGUCGCAGAUGCUGGUGCAUCAGCAUAUAUAUAUCCUCAAACAGGAUCUGCUCCUCCUGGACAACCUCCCUCGACGAAUCCAAAUCUCAAUGUUGCCAGUUCCUCCUCUGUAGCCAACGUCUCUUAUGGGUCUCAACACCCAGAUGCAGGAGCGACUGUCCCUAUCUCGCAAGGGGGACUGCAGAGCACGUCAGAUGGCGGCUAUAUGAUCCCAGGCACUGCUGCCGCCUUGCCUGGGCUACAGCAAAGUAUUCCCGAGACUGGCUACAGAUACCCUAGCACUGCGGCCUUCUCAGGACCGCAGACAGGCGAAAACCCAUUGGCUACCACGAAUGUGAUCGCCCAGAAUCAGCAACAGCAACAGCAACAGCAACAGCCCUUAGAGAACGCUAGCGUCGAUAUCCAGCCGCCUCAUAUUCCUGCUCUGUUAGAUGGUGUGACUCAUCAGGCCAACUCUAGGAUAGACUUAGCACUCCAGGAAGGGAAUGUUACUGUUACUUCGAAUACGCCAGUUGUGGCUCCAAAGCCUAGUACCAGAAUCCAUGCCGCGCUCCUUGAUCCUACCUCAGCCGACAGCCCAGAAUCACCACCUUCUGCUCCUCAAUCGAAUUCCAGGAUAGAGGCUGCACUCCAAGAACCGAUCUAUGCUCCGGGACCGACCACUACAGCCGCUGAAUCUCAGCCAAAUGCUAUAACAAAUACCGCUGUUCAAGAAGAGCAGAAGCCCGGCCCAAAUCCGAUAAUGGCACCACCAACAGCACCGGAGAAUGGCUCUUCUGCUAGAGAACAACUCACCACAUUGCCACCAUCCCAAGCUCAAGAGACCAUUGAAACAUUAGGCCCUUCUGUUCCUGGUGCCCCGGCUACCUUUUCGAUUAUGCCUUCAGGCGUGGAGGAGGUGAGACCUUUACAGGCAACCCAGUCUUUAAUACCCGCAACAGGAGACCAAACAACAUCAAUCACCUCGCAACAACAAAAUCCAGAGCCGGUACAACAUCAUGCAUAUCCAGCUACCGCGGGACCAGAACCUCUUGAUUUCCACGCUCCAGCGACUGUUCCUGGCCUCUCUCCAUUUGGACAUUUCAGCCCUGCCCCGGCUGUGGUUGAGCAGAACCCAAUGCCAAACCUCAAUGCCCCGGUGCUUCCACCGCCUGUUGUCUCGCAGACAAUCCAAGACUAUGGGCUACCGAAUUUCCCCCCUGGUCCUCCACCUGGCGCCCUGCCCAUCCAGGACUUCAAUGCCCCUGCGAUGCCACCACCACCUGGAGUAGGACAGACUUCCAUCUACGAAUUCCAGCCUCCUGGUCAAGUUCCACCCCCUGGCCCCCCUGCAGAGGCACAGCCUGCAAUAUCUAGCUCUGAUGACAUAAGUUAUGUCAUCGAUGGCAUGGGUAAGCUGUCGGUCGUGAGGGGAACUGCCGUUGAGCCCUUCAGAGAUUACCACAGCGCAGCCUAUACGAAAGACAGCACAUGGAUUGAGGAUUUGCCACGCCGGCAGCCCCUUCGACUGUCCGAGAAUGGAGAACCAAACGAAGCAGUGUGGUUUUGUCCAGGCAAUACGCACGAUAACGGCUACGUUGCGACCUGGUUUUACCUACCCAGCGCGCCUGAUUUCUUGAUCUGCACCAGGUGCUAUGCAAGAUAUCUGAAGAACACUAACUUGGCAUCCAGUUUUGAGAAGAAGAAAACGCACGGUGCGAGAUGCCGCUUCUAUGUCCCCCGCAUAACCUCCGUGCUCGUCCCACAAUGUGUACAGACGGGAAGCGUUGAGCCCCUGGCAGAGUACAUGGCAAAACGGAUCGGUAUCAAGGAUUGCGCUCUGAAGAAAGGGUUCAAUGGAUCUGAUGGGAUCAAGGUCUGGGUGAUUAAGAGAGAGACAAACGACGUCAUGAAGAACUUUAUUACCUGCCAGGCAUGCUACGAGGAUCGCGUUCUGGCUAGCAAUUAUGCUGGGGAGUUCAUUCCUAGGCAGGAGAAAUACCCCGAACCGCAGGCAGCGAGUUCGACGUGGUAUUGCGACCUCAACGCCUUUGGUUAUUCGAGAAGGUCCUUUGAUAUCUAUUCGAGAAACAGCGCUCCAUUCAUGGACUGGGUCACUAAAGCAACGAAACUGUUCCAGCUCCCGGAGUGCGAAGCUGACCAGGGCGUGGAGGCGUCAAGUCGAGAAUGGGUUCGGCCAAAGGAUCCAGUAGAGACAAUGGUCAUUUGCGAGAAAUGUUACUUUAAUGAGCUGUGCUGGACGGCUCUGGAGGACGCUUUCGAAUACAUACCAAUAGAGAAGCCCGCCAGGGGUUCAGAGCGCAUGGAUUAUAUUUUCGGAAUCCGGGAAACCCCAGCAACAUCAUGGACAUGCGAUGCUCGUGUAUCCCAGAUUGAAAAUGUUAUUGCUGGAGCCCUCCUACGACAGGACGCCGCUGUCUUCAGCAGAUGUGCUCGCACGAUCAUGUCGAGCCCCAAAUGCGUGUCUCAAGGUAUCGCCAAUGGGACCUGGUAUACUCCCAAAGGCGGCCCGAGCAACUACAUGAUGUGCGCUGCCUGCUUCGCUGGGUUCUGCGACGCGUUCCUGGAAUGCGGCCACAUGUUCGAGCUGAGCCCCCUCAGCGGAUCUUCUGACACAAUCGUCUGCAGCUUCAACAGUGCCAGCCCACGGCGGUAUCAAUUCCUCUUUAGCAUUUACCAGGCGGCGCAGGAGGGCGUUUGGUCCAUUGCGCAGGAUACGAUCCGAAACUAUAUCAAUAUACCCGAGUGCCCGCGCAACAACCACGUCGCGAGCCGCAGAUGGUACGGCUGGGGCGACUGUCUGAUCUGCCAAGACUGCUACCAGGAGGUUAUCAAGGACAUGAGGAAAGGCCUCCCGUUCGAGCUGGAGGAUCAGUUAGUAGAAGAAGAACGCAUGUGCUCCAUGUACUCCCCGCGCAUGCGUGAGAAGUUCAGUAUGGCAGUUGAGAAGGGUGAUUCUACGGAGCUCGUUGAAUACUCGCGGGUGCGCAUUCAGGUCUGGACGCAGACGAUACCGCAGAUCAAGAUGCUGCGGCAGAUGCAGGAGAUGCAGAUGAUGUCCGCUAUGUCGGCUGGCAUGGCCGGGCUAAUGUACCAGGGCGCAGGGGCGAUCCAGAGCAUUGCUGGGACGACUGAUGGAUAUCUACAUGGCAACAGUAGCGUCGGAUGGCAUGACACGGAGAAUGGCGCAACAGCUGGCCAGAAGUUUAAUGAGAUGAGCAGCGGGAUGAGCGCGGCGAACAGCGGAGGCACUUGGGGGCAGAUCUUUAUGCUGCAGGCGCAAUGGGAGCGGUAUGAGUAG